UUUAAUUAAUCAAUCAUCUCCUUAAUUAAUCCUGGUAAUGCUCACCAACAUUGAUCCCUCCGCCGCACCGGAGCCCCCUUUCUCCUACUGCCACACCGCCGCCGCCACCAAACGCAAGCGCCACCCCGCCGGAACCCCAGAUCCGGAUGCGGAGGUGGUGUCGUUGUCGCCAAAGACGUUGCUGGAGUCGGAUCGGUACGUGUGCGAGAUCUGCAACCAAGGGUUCCAGAGGGAUCAGAACCUGCAGAUGCACAGGAGGAGGCACAACGAUAAGCGGUCGGGGCCCAUACAUUACGCCUUGGAAGCGGUGGAAUUUCAGUCAGAGGUGGUGGUCGCGGUAGAUUUUGAGAGGCAGGUGGUGGAAUUUGAGUUGGAGAUGGUGAUUGCGGUCGAUUCUUAGUAGGAGACGGUGCUUGAGGUCGAUUCUCAGUCGGAUUCGAUUUUGAGAGGCGGGUGCUCUUCCCCUUCCCCUUCCCCUUCCCCUUCUCGUUCUCCUUCUCCGUCGACUUAUCGUUCUCCUUCUCCAUCUAGAGUUUCUUCCUUCUGCCGAUAAACUAGCUCAGCUUUCGUCGCGCCGCUCGCCGCUCAGAGAACAACGGCGCCGUCGAAGUGAGAGAGCGUGACCUUUCGUUUUUGUUCAAAAAUUAUCUGUUUGUUGUAAAAUUAUUUCUUACUCUUUAUUUUCUUUUUUAAUUCUCGUAUUUUGGUAUUUUAAAUGAUAUAUCCUUAAAAUAA